AUGUCUGUGUCCACAGGGGAGGAGGAGUUGGGAGAGUGUUGGCCAUCAUGUGCUGGGGAGAACCAAAGUCCCAUAGACAUCCAAGACAAGGAUGUCACGACGGAAAAUCUGCCACAUAUCAGUGGCUCCAUCUACGACAAUCACUUCAGAGAGUUCAAGUUCAACCUCACUAACACCGGAACAACGGUGAUGAUGCAGCUGCAGGAUGCAGACUACCUCUACGUUGAGGGUGGGCCUCUGGACGGUCGCUACUACCUGCACCACCUAGAGUUCUACUGGGGCUCAGACGACUCCAAGGGCAGCGAACACACUAUCAAUCAAGAGAGGUACCCGAUGGAAAGCCAAUGGGUAAUGUACAGCGAGAAAUACCCAAGCUACGAGGAAGCUUCUCAACACCCGGGCGGAGUGCUCAAAAUGUCUCAGAUGUACUCUAUAACAGAAGACGAAAACUGGUCGCUCAGUCCCAUCGUGGAACAGCUGCCCAACGUUCGUAGGCCUGAACGAGUCGCUGUAUCGAGCAGCCCACUGGAAUACGCCUUACUGUUGGGCGUGCCCGUGGACGACUACUACUACUAUAAUGGCAGCUUCACCAGGCCGCCCUGCUCAGAGACAGUCAUAUGGCUCGUCUAUCCCAAUGCGAAUACCAUCACCGAAGAACAGUUGGAGGCGUUCCGGAACCUCCGAUCCGCAUCCGGCUCCUACAUGGCGAACAACUUCCGCCAGACGCAGCCGCUGAACGGCCGCAAGGUGAUCCGGAGCGAUAAAGCGGAGCCAGAGCGGCGGCGCGCCAACAGGCGUCGCCAGGCAACCCAGUCCGGCCGGCGCGCACGACACGGCGUCUCCAGGCGCCGCGGCGCCGCCCGACGCGUUCACCACUAA